AUAUAUCUGAAUCCUUACAGAUUGAUGGGGAUUAAAAUAAAUCUAGGGAGAUGACAUUGACGGUGCAAUCAACGAUAACAAUGUAUUGAAUACUUAUUGUCUGAAAAUGUGAAAAACAUCACCUGUACUAUCAAUGUAUUCCGUGAAAGAAGUCAGUUUGGUCCAUUUAUAUUGAUGGUGUUUUACUUGGGUUAAUUGCGCCACUCCGUUCUAAAGGACUUUAUGCAGAAGAGUUUUGUCCACCGACGCCGUUGAUUCUAUGAACACCUAUUCUAUGGUCAAAAUGAGUCAACGCCAGCUCUUCCUGAUGUCCUCGUCAGCUGUCCAUGGCUACGAGUACUUGCAGCAUGCUCAGAGCGAUAUAAGCUCGUUUCUGAAAAAAAACAACGUGAGUAAAGUGUUGUUUAUACCCUACGCUCUUACCAAUCACGACAGCUAUACGGAGAAGGUAGGCAAGGUGCUCAAACGGUGGGGCUUCGAGUGUGAGGGAAUCCAUAGCAGUCCGAACCCGGUACGAGCGGUGAACGAAGCCCAAGCAAUAUACAUCGGUGGUGGCAAUACGUUUCUGUUGUUGAAAACCUUGUACGAUCAGGGACUGGUCGAGCUCAUUCGCAUCCGGGUGCUGAAUCAUGCCGUUCCAUAUGUGGGCAGUUCUGCCGGGACAAAUGUGGCCACUAGGAGCAUUCAUACCACCAACGACAUGCCGAUCGUUUAUCCACCCAGUUUCAGUGCGUUGGCAUUGGUGCCGUUCAACAUCAAUCCACACUACCUGGAUCCGGAAGUGGGUGGAACGCAUAAGGGUGAAACCCGCGAGGAAAGGUUAAUUCAGUUCCAUGAGCUCAACGAUGCUCCCGUGCUGGGAUUACGCGAAGGGUCAACGCUGUUGGUGGAUGGGGAAAAAGCGACCCUGAUUGGAACGCGUCCGGCUCGACUUUUCUACCGUGGAAGCGAACCCGAAGAGUUCGAAGUCGGAGCGGAUUUGAGUUUUCUGCUGAAGGGUUGAGAAGGAAAUACGGAAGUGUUAUGUUUCUAAUCGUUUCAACUGAUUACUUCUAUUACUUCUUUCGAAAAUGAAAUGUAUAUUUACUGGUACAACUAAUGUAAUUUGUAUUGAAUUAUAUAUUGUCUGUUAAGAGUCACCAAAAUGCAAUCAAAUAAACGAUUUCCAACUGUUCUAAGUUUAACAAUAGA